GCUGACGCACAACUUGUUCCUCGCGGCCAGUAUGAGUCUGGUCACAAUCCUCUCUUCGCUGCUGUGGGGUGCUCCGAAAGCGACAAUAAAACCAACACUCGCUUCCCUGCCUGAAGACAUCAUACGUCUGAUUGCGCACAUCUUCGUCAGCAGUGAGCCCAAGCGCGGAUGGAAGGUAUGGGGCGAAGAACAGAACGCGUAUCGCUCGCUCUUUCCACUUUCCGAGACCUGCAAGCGGCUACGCGAAACUCUCAAGCCGCUCCUGUUCGGAAAGAUCUACAACUGGAACAUAGACGGGGAGAGGGUGUGGCCGGGAGGCCUCUGGCCGCAUGCGGUAGAGGUGAACCUCCGAGACCAUGUUGUAGGGGAUCCAAGAUGCCUGCAAGUCACUGAUGACGUCUACGCCGCGCUCUCCCACAUGCCUCUGUUGACGACUAUGAUCUUACGGUACAAUGCGUCAGUGCCUUUGGACGCGCUGCGAUGUGUCGGUGCUCUUUCAGGUCUGACAUCCCUCGAGAUUCACCAAGCGCGUCUCGACGGACCCAUGCCCUCCUCUCUCCACUUCCCGUCGCUACAGAGGCUACUCGUGUCCAUAUCUGGGUUCCGAGGAAUCGUGCGAGCAGAGGACAUUGAUCGUGUCGCCGAGCAGGCACACGUUGGAAGACUACUACGCUGUGCUUCGGCCAGUCUGUCUUUCCUCCAUGUCUCGGGCGACCUGCUGCCCGACGACUUUGUCGACAUUCGCUGGCCACGCCUGCGGACUCUGAUUGUUUCCGAGCACACCCCCGCCACGUACUUGCUCGUUCCCGCGUUUACAACCCGGAUGCCACAGCUUCGGACGCUAGAGCUGCUUUAUGCCGCUGACAUGGGCCGCGCCUCGGACGAGCUCUACCCGCCGUUCGUGUACGGUGAUACCGUGGGCAAGCCGUUGGUUCACACCCUGCCUUUCCUGUGCUCCCUUGCCUUGUCAAAUCUCGCUGCGGACGACCCCAUUUUCUCGCAGCUUCCCCUGUCGCUUACUGCUCUUCAUGUUCACGCGCGACGAGAUCCAUACUACGGCGAGCCUCGCGACUUUUGGGAUCGGGGGGAGACCGCAUUUUCCAAUGCAGAGGCGAUGUCUGUAGUCGAUGGUAUAUCAUACCUUCCAGAUCUCGAGGAGCUCACUAUCGUGUUGCGCGAGUUCCCGACAGCGGAACUUCUCAAAGUGAUUGCGUCUCGCUUUCCGCGGCUGACAUUCCUAGAGGCUUCUCAUGCGACGUACCGCCUCCCUCGUGAAGGACAAUACGACGAACUGUGGGAUGCAAGAGAUCCUGCUAAGCUUGCAGCGUUGGCUGGCCUGAAACAUCUUCAAAGGCUCAGACUAUCACUCGAUCUCCUUCGGAAUCGGGUCGAGACUCACGUAAAUUACAUCCAGGUUGUCCAGUGGAUAUUCGACGGGAUCCCCUCCCUCGAAGAGAUGCAACUCACCUUUUUGAACCAUGGUGUAUGGUUACCUUGGUGGGACCCCAACGUUAUACCCUGGAUCGUGUAUGACCGAAAAAGUGCGGCUGAUUUGGUAUUUCGCCUUUCCCAUCCGAUCAUGGUAGUACGAACCUAGGUUAUCUGGGACUGCAUCGAGAAGGAAUCAAGAACUAUAGACAGUAAUCUCGCAGCCGGCGGCCUCUUGCCCUCGCUGCUGGAGCUGAAGCUGCAGAGCCAGUCUGACAAUUGUCAGCAGUGGCAGUGCAUAUCAUUGCAUCAUUUCAAGUUAGUUAGUACACAAGCAACCGUACUAGAACACAACACAGAGUUCCUUCCCACAGAGUGCAAUUGGCGCGGCUGUGCAGCUUUGGUUGCUCUUUGGCCCUGCGUGCAAUGUGCUGUGGACAUGCUCUGACACAUUUGGCAGAUGUCACUGACGACAAUACAUUUGUGAUACAGUGGCUUCAGGGGCCUUAUUCUUCCCAUGGAAAACAUCACUGCGGGGGGACUUGUUUUUUCUCCAUGGAAAACGCAUGACAAUCUAGAAGUCCG